CGAAAGUGCACGUGCGGUCACACUCAAGAAAGUAUUGUAAUUUUGUAAACAAAACAAACAAUGGAAUGCGUUUUGGACGAGGAGUUGUUGGCCAACAUAAAACGUAGUGACCAGGAGGACGAAGAUGAGGACGACGACGAUGACGAGAAGAUGCAGAUGGUGGAGGAGCAGCAGCCGCCGGUGGCACUGAAUGCGUCCUUCAACGGCGAGGACGCUGAUCCGCUUCAGGACUCCACUGAUUUUCCCUGGAUCUUCGAGGACAGCGAUGUCCUGCUCACCGAGGACCAACUGGCGAAGGAGGAGUCCUUUCGGCCGCCAGCUGCCCCAAAGCGAGGCCGUGGUCGUCCAGCCAACAACUCCGGCCAAUACACAUCCGCCAGUGGUCAGAUGUGGAGCGCCACCAGGGAUACACAGGUGCGACCUCAAAAGGGUCUACCAAUCCUGGGACAACAAGCCUGUGGCAAAGGACCCGCCCGCCAAGUGUCCAAUGCCGUGGAGGCCUGGAUGCUGCUCUUCGACGAUGAAAUGCUGCGGUCUCUGCUACGCCAGGUCAACGAACAGCUGCGCAAGCGGCGGACGACCACGACAGUACAGCGACCCCUGGACAUUGUGGAGCUGCGGGCUUACCUCGGCCUGAGCUACCUUUGCGGGGUGUUCCGCAAUGCCCGGCACAGUGGGCCGCUCGAGGAACUGUGGACCCUGGAGCUAGGCAAUGCCAUAUUCCGGGCAUCCAUGACACUGGCCCGGUUCGAGAGCAUUUCCGAGUGUCUGGCGGGCAACUGCGGCUGGGCUGAGGGCCAGAAGCUGUGGCAACGACUGCUCAUCAACUGCCGAUCCUACUACGGCUGCAGCAGUUGGCUGGCCGUGGAUGAAGCGCCCUGCUCGGUGGCCAAGUCGCUGAUGACCCUGUGCUGCGACGCCCGAACGCUGUACAUGGCCAAUGCCGUGGUGAGCAGGAACCAGAGAUGCCCGGACCGGGAUGUGGAGCAGUUGAUUUGCGACUUUAAGACCACCGGGAGAAAUGUGACGCUGGGCGUGCGACACCUGAGUCUCGUUCAGUCAGAGCAACUGAGGCAGCGCCAGAUCAGCUCGCUGGGAUUGCUGGAGACUAGUUCGCCAGAUUGGCCGCGUCAGUGGUCAUCCGAAUCCACCGUGUUCAGCGGCUCCUCCAAGCUCAUUCCCCUCGAUGGCGAGGCGGUUUUCUGCUGCGGUCUCAGCCCUCAAGUGGAUGCUCUGCAGGCCUAUCAAGAAACCUCACAUGCCUGCCAACAGUUCCACGAACUCUCGCAGCGCUUCAGCACAGCCCAUGCCACGCCCAAUGCCCUAAGGACACAGGUCAAUCCCUUCCUGCAACUACUCCAUUUCGUGCUGAAUGCGGCGGCUGUCAACUCCUGGAUCCUGCUGCGACUUUCACCGAAAAGCGAUGCUGCGGCCAUGGAGCAGCGUGACUUUCAGCGCCAACUGGGACUCUUCCUCACCCAACAGAGGUUGCAGCGACGCCUUCAGCGCAGAUCCACGAGCACAUCGCUGGUGAUGCGGCUGCAGAUCUGCGAGAUCCUGGGCCAAUCCAGUCAGCGGCUGCUCAGCGAGGCCACCGGCGAGGCCAAGCUGAGCCACAGCGUGGGCCUGCUCACGCCGGACAAGAUGGGCCUGCCGGCGGGCGUUAGCCUGGCCAGUCGCUAUGGCGAGAAGCAUCGCCGCUGCAAGCCAUGCGCUCGGAACAAGCGUGGCACCAAAUCCCGGACGCGGUGUCAACAGUGUCUGCAACAUCGGUGCGGCAACCACCUGAUCUCACGCUGCUACGAGUGCGUGGGCAUCCUGCCGGGCCAGCCUCUGCCCGAGGGCAACAUGCGGGAUGAAGGCGGCGGCUCACUUGAACGUGGACAUUAAAUAACAUUUAUUGAAGA